AUGGGGAAUGAACUGCCCUUCUCUCAGCGGCCGGUGAUUAUCCUUGGUGCCGGAAUCAUUGGUUGUGCAACUGCUCGACAACUAUUACAGAAUGGCUUUCCAGUGGUGCUGGUGGCUGAAUAUCUCCCUGGAGAUCAGAAUAUCUACUAUGCAUCGGCCUGGGCUGGUGCUGCGUGGCAUGCCGCUGGCGGCAUCACUCCUGAUCAACGGUACUUGCAAGCUGUCACCCAUCGUAUACUCUUGAAGAUGGCAGAGGAUCCCGACUCCGGCGUGAGCAUUGUUGGUGCUCGCGAGUAUCUUGAACAGCAACCGGCCCCUGACUCGGCGAUAUGGGGCAAGACGGUGGUCUCCAAAUUUCGUGAGAUGAAUCCUGGGGAAUACCCAUCCCACUUCAACUGUGCCUGGUCCUAUGAGACCCUGGUCACAGAUCCCACCCGACAUAUGCCUUACUUGGGGAGACAGGUCACGUCACUAGGGGGUCGAUUUGUUCGCAAACGGGUCGAGUCUCUCCAAGAAUUAUAUGAGUUGUUCCCCGAGUCUCGGGUCUUUAUCAAUGCAAGUGGCCUAGGGAGCAAAACCCUGACAGAUGUACAAGACGACCAGUGUUUCCCAGAACGAGGACAAAAUGUGUUUUUGGCCACCGACCAGUGCAAUACGCUCUACUUCCGGAAUGGCAAAGAAUAUACCUACGUGAUCCCCCGGCCACUGUCCAAAGGGGUGGUUCUAGGUGGUGUGAAACAGCAAGAUGACCUUUCUCCCGAGGUCGAUAUGGACGUUGCUCGCGAUGAAAUUGCCCGUGCACAUCUCUUAGCACCGGAAAUCGUCCCCAAACACCCUGCUCCAGAGGCCGUGAGCCAUAUCAUUGGCAUCCGGCCCUCACGAAGGGGAGGCUUCCGUCUGGACUCGGAGCGUAAAGACCACCGAGUAGUGCUAUCGGCAUACGGGUUUGGUGGAGGCGGAUAUGCGUUCUCUUAUGGAAUCGCAGAUGCAGUGGUGAAGAUGGUGGAGAAGGCCGAGCGCGACAAUGUGAUAUAA